AUGGCACCGCUGCUGCUGGUGCUGCUGCUGCUGGGCAUGGCCCCCAGCCUGGGCCGGCCCCUGGAGCCCUGCCCGGGGCCCUGCCGCUGCCGCAGGCGCCGGCUGGACUGCAGCCGCGCUGCCCUGGCCAGCGUGCCCCCGGCCACCCGCCGACGGCCCUUCUCCGAGCUGGAUCUCACUGGGAACGCGCUCGCCCUCAUCCCCCCGCAGGCGUGGAAGGGAUACCCGUGGGCAGAGAAGCUGGUCCUCCAGGACAACAGCCUGCGGGCAGUGAAGAGGCGCUCGCUGGAGGGGCUGCUCCUGCUGAGGCACCUGGAUUUAUCUUACAACAAAAUCCAGUCAAUUGAGGCACGUGCUUUUGAGAACCUUCCUUUCCUGGAGACGCUAAACCUGGAGGGAAAUCUCAUCACCGAGAUCCGGAACGACACCUUCCGGGCAUGGCACGGGAUGCAGUUCCUGCAGACACUGAUCCUGAGCCGUAACCCCCUGUCUGUUAUCGAGGACACGUGGUUCUUCAAGCUGCCUUCAGUCACCCAUCUGGACCUGAGUGCCACACGAGUGACUCGGCAGACACUGCUCAUGCUGCUGCUGAGAACAUCCCGCCUGGAAACACUCAAGCUGUCCAACGACACGGCCUGCUGCCUCUGCCAGCACAAGCACAGCACCGAGACCCCGUGCAGGACCCUCAGCUUUGACUGCGCGAGCGUGUGCAGCACCAGUGCUCCCCGCUGCGCUCCUCUGGCAGAGACUCCAGGACACCUAACGGGAGCGGUGGCACCCAGGAAGGGGAGCAGCAGCUCCAUGUUGAAGCUCCAGCCCAAGGAGCCUUCGCUCACAGAGCAGAGAACCGUCACACUCACGGUCGUCCUGAGCCUGAGCAGCCCCGAUGCGUCGGCACCUUCCCCUCAGCAGCUCUCGAGGCAGGAGGGCAGCACCGCCAAGGAGCUGACACAGAUGCUGCAGAACGUUCAGCACAGGGGCUGGAGCAGCUCCAUUGACACCAGAAGAUUCUAUUUCCUGGCAGAGGGGCUCGUGGCACAGCUCAAGACCAAGCUGCACAAGGCCAUGAGCACCCUGACUGUGAGAAGCUCUGACACAGCCCGGCCACUGCAGAGGGAUGAGGGGCAGGAGGUGCCAGCAGGGCAGGGAGGAAGAGGCACAGGAUGGGAACAGCGUGAGCCUCUCCUGGACUUGGCCCGGGCAGAAUCCACCCUUUUGGAAGCGGCCCGGAGGCUGAACAUCACCGAGAUCCUGCCCGUCUCCAGCCACCACACAGCACCCACCGCUCCUGUGGCACAGCCCCCUACACAGUACCCAGCGGAGGGCCCGCAUCUGGCCCGGUCAGGCGAGAGCCAAGCUGACACCGAUACUGAUGAAGAGAACAACACGGCUGAUGGAAUGGAGGAUGAGGAGGGUUCAGAAGACCAGGAGGAAGCACCAGCUCCAACUCAGGGCUCUGCCAGGACCAACGAGGAGCAGGAGCAGCAGGACACUGAUGGGACAGUGGGCAGUGAGGAUGCAGAGGAAGAGCCCACAGCAGCAGAGGGUGCAGCAGAGGAGAGGCUGAACACGAUCCAGCAUUUUUUCUUUACUCUGCUGGCUAACAACGGCCCCCCUGCUGCCAGCAGCGCACCCCAGGUCACGGCUGCAGCGGAGCGUUCCCCUGGGGGCGGGCGCCCACCCACCGCCCCUGCAGGCACCACAACACGGGGGCAGCACCAGGAGCAGGAACCCCCCGUCCCAACAGCACCGGGCAGCUCCAGCGACCCGGGCGGCGCAGCCACGCCAGGAGCCGCCUUCGACACCCUGCUCAGCCGCCACCUGCACUCGCUGGUGCCAGACCGAGCCCUGCGCAGGUUCAUGGCGCACGUGGCUCGAGCCCUGCGCGGGGACUGCGGCCUGCCCCAGCUCCAGCCGGCCUGCGCCAAGAUGGUCUCGAGGACGGGGCUGCUCCUGAAGCUGCUGAGCGAGAGGCAGCGCGACCCGGAGCCCUCUGACCUCCUGGAGCAGUGCGUGCAGGAGGAGGAUGCCGGCACCUCGCCUCCCCGUGCCCAGGUCCAGGCCAGGGAGAUGGGCAGCGAGUCUGCAGAGACGGAGAUGGCCAAGCACACCUCUGGCCACAAGCUCCUGUUGGGUCUCUCGCUGUCCUUCCUCAUAUUGAGUAUUAUCGUCCUGGUGCUGUGCUGCUUGAAGGUUUGCGCCAAGAAACGUGACCAGGCUUCCCAAGCCAGCAGCGGUUGUGGCUUGAAGAGCUGCUUUCAGAACCUGCGGCCCAAGUGCUGGAGCAGGAGCAAGGACACGGACACGGACAAGGACGAGGUAAGGGCAGGAGCAGGCGCCAGCUCUGCCCCUCUGCCCGCUCCCUGCCCCGUGCCUGCUUCUCACCUCUCCAACCCCUGCCCCGCAGGAGGCGGCCCUGGCUCAGCCCAACGCUGGGGAGGAGUCAGACCUGGAGGAGGUGGUCGUCGACCAAAGCGGAUCCGAGUCAAGCUCUCCCAGUGCGGACGAGUCACAAGGGGACGAGCCGAUUUCCCUCGCCUUGGGAUUGCGCUGAGCCCCGGCGCCAUGGUCCCUCUCCAUGGACCAGGAUGCUGCAGGCCCCUGGCUGCUCGUGACACCCCACGGCGAACAUCAUGGAGUUCAAGAAGACCAAGUGCUCCAGCGUGGAGAAGAGAAGGCUCCAGGGAGACCUUAGAGCAGCUCCCAAUGCCUGAAGACACUACAAGACAUCUGGAGAGGGACUUUAUACAGGCGCCUCUAGAGAUAGGAUGAGGAGUAGUUUUAACCUUUCGUUUUAACGUGUGAUUGGAUUCGACAUUAGGUUUAGGUUCAACUUAGGUUUAGAUUAGGCAUGAAGAAGAUUUGACUUUCGGUUUAGAUUAGGCAUGAAGAAGAUUCGGCUUUAGGUUUAGAUUAGACAUUAGGUUUAGAUGAGACAUUAGGAUGUUCUUUGAUGUGACCAAUAAAACUGUUUGGUU